AUGGACAAUGUAGAUGAAAAACUAACCAUUUUUAAUGAAAUAUUUUUAAAUACAUUGGAUAAACACGCCCCAGUAAAGACCAUAAAAGUACGCGGAAAAUCUUGCCCAUUUAUCACCCCGGAAAUAAAAGCAUCCAUGAUCAAAAGAGACCAGCUCCACAGUCUUUUCAGGAAAACACGUGAUCAUUAUGAUUGGCUUAAUUUCAGAGAGGCCUGCAAUUUUACAAAAACCGCACUUGUUAAUGCACAGAAAGAAUAUGUACUGAAGGAAGUUCAGCAACACAGAAACAAUACUGGGUCACUUUGGAAGGUAAUUAAAGAAAAUAUAGCGUAUAGGGAAAGAGAGUCAGUGGUCUACAGUAAGGAACCGAAAUUAGUGGCCGAAGAGUUUAAUCAUUUCUUUUCCACCAUCGGUGUGAAUGCAGCAAAGAAAGCCUCAACACUAAUACAAGAUCUUAGUGUUUAUCCAGCUCGGAAUCUUUCUGACGUAAAUCGCACAGAUAACAGCUACCCUGAAGAAAAUGAUAGAUUUAGUUUCACCCCAGUCUCUUGUUCAGAAAUAAGGAACAUCAUAUUAGCUAUGCCGUCAAACAAAUCACCCGGCAAAGACAAAGUGAGUAUGCGUGUCAUCAAACACAGCCUACCGGUAAUUCUUGGGCCCCUCACCGAUAUCAUUAAUUGCUCACUGUCGUCAUCUUCGUUCCCUAUAGCAUGGAAAGAGGCAGACGUUAUCCCUUUGUUAAAGGAUGGAAACCACGAGGAAGCAUCAAAUAACCGCCCACUUUCUCUCCUUACCUUUCUUUCGAAAAUUUGUGAAAAAGUCGCCUUGAAUCAAUUUGGUUCGUAUCUAAUGAAGAACAAAAAAUUGUCAACCCACCAGAGCGGGAACAAGAGACAUCACUCAUGCGAAACAUUGAAUCUUUUGACCGGAGAUACUAUCCUAAAGGCCAUGGAUGGGAAAUUGGUUACUGCACUGAUUCUAAUAGAUCUAUCUAAAGCUUUCGACAGUGUAAAUCAUACUUUUCUCCUUACAAAACUUAGCAACGUCGGGGCUUCUCCAAGCGUUGUAAAAUGGUUUGAGAGUUACUUGACCGGAAGAACUCAAUCAGUCAGAAUUGGAUCAACUGUGUCUACUCCUCUCCCUGUUUCUUAUGGUGUACCACAGGGUGCAAUUUUAUCACCUUUACUUUUUAGUAUUUAUACUAACGAUUUGCCCUCAUCAGUCCACCAUAGUAAACUUGAAUCGUACGUGGACGACUCCAAGAUAUUACUAUCUUUCACUGUGGCUAACGUGGACUGUUUAAAGCAACAACUUGAGGAAGACUUGUAUUUGAUUGCAAACAGUUGUUCCGAAAAUGAAUUGCUUAUUAACCCGGGAAAGACCAAAUACAUGCUGAUUGGCACACGGCAAAACCUACAACAACUUCCCGUAGAUAUGACCAUAAACUUCCUCAACGAGACUAUUACCCCCGUCUCCUUUGCCAAAGAUCUAGGAAUGACAAUCGACUCUUAUUUGACAUAUGACCAGCACAUCACCAACCUGGUUUCUUCAUGUAUGAAUUCCCUGUGCCAAAUAAACCGAGUCAAAAAAUGUUUCGAUAAAGAAGCUUUAACUCUUAUCGUCUCGGCACUUGUAAUGAACAAAAUGUUCUAUUGUUCAACGGUUUGGUCAAACACUUCGUCUACCAACAUUAAGAAACUACAGUUGGUACAAAAUUUUGCAUACAUGAUAAUAACAAAUAUUGGAAAGUUCGACCAUAUUUCGCCGGGCUUACGCGAACUUAACUGGCUCCCAGUAAAGGAACAAUUACUACUAAGAGAGGCUAUUAUGAUGUACAAAUGUGUCAAUGAACUUGCUCCACAUUAUUUGAGCGAUUUAUUCACAAAACGUUCUGACAUUUAUCAACGAGAUACACGUAGCCAUGACUCACUGCAAAUACCAUUGUACAAAACUUCUGCAGGUCAAAGGUCCUUUCAUUAUAGAGGCGUUACACUCUGGAAUGAUUUGGACAUAAAGUACAAAAAGUUAUACUCCCUAAAAACUUUCAAAAACGAACUGAAGCGAAGCAUGCUAGAACAAAUAUAUAAGUAG